UUGUCAAUCCGAAGUCGCCCUUCUUCUUCCUCCUCCCCUUCAGGUUCCGGUCAGUACGGGGAUGUGUACGAGGCUGUCUGGCGUCGGUACAACUCCGUGGUGGCUGUCAAAACCCUCAAGCAAGACGUGAAUCUCAACCUUAGCGACUUCUUGGCGGAAGCGGCAAUCAUGAAGAACCUAAACCACAAGAAUCUCGUUCGUCUCCUAGCUGCAAUUAUGACUGAUCUAGCCGACCUCGAUGAUGUCCCGGACGAGGGAUUCACGAUGGACAGAAUCGAACGCAGCGGCAAAGUAAACGUAGAAGACAGUCGCUGGUUGUUGAUAGCUAUGGCAGGAUUCAAGGAUCCCUCUCUGUAUGAAUAUAUGGUUCACGCCCAGCGUGAAAUCCGGCUUGGUUGGGCCGCACAGGAACAAGGAUGCCAGAACCCCAGCCUUCAGGAACGGCUUCGUCUCUCCAAGAUUUUCCAAUCACCUCAUGGAGCCAAGGCGCCAGAUUGUCGAAUCAAGACCUGUAGACUUCAGUGGGUAUACCGUCCUCUCCAGGUGCCUUAA